AUGGAGGAACUACCAAAUGAACUGCUCCUCCAAAUCUUCGGCUACCUGCAUACACCGCCAGUAACAGACUUCAGUUCACCACACGUAGCCGAUCGCUCGCCAGAUCUCCAUGUCUUGAGUCGCGUCUCUCGAAGACUAAGAGAUGUUGCCGCGCCACUCGUCUACGAGUUCAUAGAGAGAGCAGGUGAUGUGGACAGUUUGGCCUAUCGUCAGCUACCACAAACCUUGCUCAACAAUAUGGAGCUGUGCCGGUACAUCAAGAGUGUAAGACUGAAGAUGGAGGACGGCUUUGAAGCCGGCGACUUUUGGGCGGGCCACGUCAUGCUUUCGGGAAACGAGAGCGGGGACGAGGAGCGAGUGGACUACAAUGAAAGACACUGUCGCUAUCAAAAGCGACGUCCGUGUGACGCACAAGAGAGUGAUGGAAAGGGAGGUGAUGACGAAGUGGAAAAACUGCCAGCUGAUACCCCAGAGCACUACAAAUGGCUUGCCAAGCUCAUAUCAGCCAUGGACAAUGAUCAGGAACAUGCUGACGACCAAGACCUUCUUCAGCGAGCUAUCCUUGGUGAAGAUGUACUACUUACACCAUGUGUCCUCUCUGCACCUAAUCUGGAGCGCCUCUGGAUCCGCUUACCCAAAUUACAGUUGGACGGGAAUUACACAAGCUUCUUGCUGAACAGCCUCUCCUAUAGUGCUCACACGGGUGGGUUUGAAAAGCUCAAAGUCCUUCAUCUUGACGUGUACCAAAGUGGCCUCGAAUGGUCAGUCAGCCAAGUGCUGUUUUUCUUUCGUCUUCCCAAUCUAGUCGAUCUCACGCUUGGAAAUUGCGGUAGCGUGAGCUUUGAUAUGGAUUGGGAUGAAUGGAGGGAUGGGCAGUGUCUAAGGCCUGAUCCAUUCCAUAGAAGAAUCUGGCCAGAUAAGAACGACGCGGCGUUCAUGGGAGAGCCCUGGAUAUGGCCUCUGCGCACUUCUUCCAUCACUAGGCUAUCGCUACUCUCUCCACGUUUCAGUGGAUCGAUAAUAGCAAACAUGCUACUUGCAUGCAGAGCAAUCACCGAGUUCGAAGUAUUAUUGCCCUACAAACAUGCACCUUUUGAUAGCACAUUCUACGAGGACGUUAGUACAGCCCUUCUUGGACAUACCGAUACUCUUGCCAAAUUAUCACUUGGUGACCAACUAGCAACCAUCAGGCGUUGUCUCCCGUGUAGUCCAGGCCUAUUUCGCAUCGGCUCCUUAUUGACCUCGCUCAAGUUCUUACGAAUUAAUCCGUUCACCAUUCUCGGCGACGACUCUAUGAGGCGGUAUACAACAGACACGUCUCCUGCCUUAUCAGACGCUCUUCCGGACACGAUCGAACAUUUGUGGCUUGACCUAGCCUGCAGUCCAUUCUUGAUAAAUUUCAACACAUACAUCAAAGAUCUGUUCGAAGCUCGUCGAAACGGUCGGUUUUCUCACUUGAAGAGUAUUCAUGUAUAUUGGUAUAAGAAGUUGUACACUUCUUUUGAUCGUGUACCCUCCUACCUCAAAGACCUGUUGAAAAUCCGUGAGCAAGCGUCGGUGCAUGUACCCACUAUCAGCUUCGAUAUUUCGGUGCGAGUGGAUUGUUGGACUGCGGAGCUUGCGGACGAUGGCCUGAAAGAAUUGACCGACGUUAAAAGAUGGUGGUACGUGUCCCCACUGGACAACUAUCGCAGAUAUGACGUGGAUCAUAAAGAUGGUCGGCGAUAUUAUAUUGAAGGUUCUACAUGCAAGAGAUUUCCAAGGACAUCAGAAGAGAUGCAAGACGACUUAGACCACGGGUACUGGGGAAGUUCGUACUGUAGUUAA